AUGAGUCGUCCUAGCGCGACACUCAAGGUUAUGUCUUACAACCUUAUGGGCUGGUCGUCCUUUAACGCGAACUCCUGGAAGGGCGAAAACGUCCUGGGCAAGAUCAACUCCUGGGAGCCGGACCUGCUGGGCGCACAGGAGGUUGAGAAGGGCGGCUGGGGCUACCAGGAGGUGGAGGAGCUGGUCGUGUCAACAACAGGAUUGAACUUCGCAGGUGGCAGUCAGUUCUUCAAGCCGUCGAAGCUGGAGAAGCUGGACGAAGACUGGACAGCCCUUGUUGGAGGGUAUUGGAUGUCAAUGGCCUUGUACAAGCACCUGGAUACAGGACGUGAAAUUUUGUUUUAUGACUCCCAUUGGAAGCACGGGUAUGGCUUGCAGCAGGCGGAAACGAUUGCGAACAAGAUCGCAGCAGACAGGACGAAGCACGGAUCGCCACCAACGAUUCUCGUGGGGGACACCAACCAAUUCUGCGAGGGCCCGAAGACCGAGGCCCUGCGGUAUUUGAAAGGUGAGCUGCAGGGAAGCCAGGGCUUCUCACCAGUGGACCUGGUGGACGUCCAUGGCGAGGACCAAGGGCGAUCCUUCAGUGAUGACAACAACCCGGACUGCAGGGUGGACUUCAUCUUGGCCAGCCAGGGGCAGUGGUCCGUCGUGCAGGUUGCCGUCGACAGAGGAGGCAUCCGGAUCCUAGCAAUCACGAUGCUGAGGACACGACAUGUCACGCGACGGUCUCACGUCAAGUUCGGGCAUGGAAAGGGGGUCGAAGUUCCCGGCUUGACGUGCAUGACGUUGGAGGUCCCCUCCGUUCAGAGCAAGGAGGCCUGGAACAGUUUCCUCCAGCUGUUCUCGUUGGCCGACGGCAUCGUGAUCCUGCGCAUAUCGGAUGAUGCGGAACAUGAUCAGGAAGGCUACGUGGCAAAGUCCCCACUGCUGGGUGAGGUGUAUGAGAUCGUUCAAAGCAGACCAAUGUUCAUCGUCUGCGUGUGCAAGGGCCCAGUUCGAGCUUCGCUGAUGACUUUCCCGGCGAUCUCGCAGCUGGUGCUGGCCACAACAGGGGCUUCGUUUGGCUUGCCCAAGUACCGACAUGACCUACAUCCCAUCACCCAGAUUGCUCUAAAGAAGAGAAUGAUGGAGAAGGCUGUUCGCCGUCUUCAGCUAGUUGGUGAUCCGAUCGAUGCAAACGAAGCGCAGAGGUUAGGUUUGGUGGACUUCAUCGGUGAUGAGGCGGAGGUGGAGAACGAGAUAUGCAGGUUAGUCUACAGAAACUGUUCGCCCUCGAGCCAGUAUUUCAUGUACAAGUCCGACCUUGUCAAGGCAAUGAGAGCCAAAGAGGAAGCUUGA